GUGGAAAUGCUUCAUUAAAGCCCCCGAGGUUAAAGUGUGUAGACAUCAGAGAUGGAGAUGGAGAUGGAAAUGGAGAGGGCAGUCGCCACCUCCACGUGUUCACACACUCUCUAUAACUCAGUCACAUGGAGGAACAGAGGGACACACGCGCAGAGAAAAGUCUCCUCAUUAACUAAUGAGCAGGAUGUUACACACACACACACACACUGAUUAUCUCAUCCUGUCAUCGCCCUGCUACGCUCUAAUCACGCAGCUGUUUUCUCUCUCUUCAUUCAUGAAGUGAAACUAUUUUCGUGGCCGACUGUUCAGGAUGGAGGCGGUGGCUCUCUUCUCUUUCGCAGCAUCAGAAGCAGACGAGAUCAGUUUCCAGAAGGGGGACGUUAUCAAGGUGACAGAAAUGGAGGAUGAUUCUUGCUGGGUCACAGCAGAGAUCCAGGGGAAGCGUGGCUUCGUACCAGAGAACUACAUUUCCCUUCUUCCUUAUCCGUGGUUUGCAGGACGGGUGUCAAGACUUGAGGCCGAGAAGCGUCUUCGCUGGCAGGACACUGGAGUGUUCCUGCUGAGGGAGAGCGAAUCAGCUCCUGGAGAGUUUUCUGUCUCCGUUAGCUAUGGUGAGAGGGUGGAGCAUUUCAGGGUGCUGGAGGGUGGCGGUCAGUACUGCAUCUGGGACGAGUCGUUUUCCUCCCUCAACCGGUUGGUGGAUUUCUACAGAACUCACAGCAUCGCCGUGGAGAAAGUGGUCUGCCUCAGAGACCCUCCUGAAUCCCCUCGUCUGCUGGCCUACCCUGGACAUAACCCGUACCCCAACCCUUAUAAAAGCAGCUCUCAGGAGUCCCUCCCCUCAGCCCGCCUCUACUCUCACCCCUCUCACCCAGAGAGAGAGUCCUCGCAGCGUCUGCACGAACCAGCUGUGGGGAAACCCCGUCUGGCUCAUGCCCUCUGUGACUACACCCCCCCUCAGACCUCCCACCUCCACUUCCUGCGUGGUGACAUCGUCGACCUGCUGGACUGCUCGAGCUCGCGGACCUGGAGAGGGCGCUGUCGAGGCAGAGUAGGAAUCUUUCCGGCGGGAUACGUCCAGCCGCUGUACCACUGACACCAUAUCAAACUGUAGUGACUUACGUCACUUAUCCAAUAAUCCAAAUGCGUUAUUGUUUGUGUUCUGCCUAGUCCCGCCUUACUGUGCUGUGAUUGGCUGGUACUUGCUGCCUCAGUUUGCCUUCAGGGCUUUCUGCCAGAAGAUUUGAACCCAAAUCCAUAAUCUUUUCCUAAACCUAGCCAAGUAGGUUUGUUGCCUAAACCUAAGGAGAUUUCUGGCAGAGGCAAACUUUUCCCAUGUGCGCUCAAGCUCUGUAACCAGUUUAGCAUUAAAGUGGAAUUAGCAAGUUAGCUAUAGCCACCUAGCCAGCUGCUAAAUGAGUAAAAUUUAACAUCCACGCACUCUUGUCACAGCGUAGGUAAGCACAUUGAUAUUUUACAACUUCAUUCACACACUCUUACCAAAGAGUAUAGAAACAAAGAGACAAAACUCUGGUGCUUUUUUGACAACGGCAGCUAGAUGGUGGUGCUGUAGCGCUGACGCCAUUUUGGACUGAAAACACCAAUGAGUCCAUAACCAUGGAUAAAGAGACGUCUGUAAAUAAGAAUCUUUUUUUUUUAGGUAAAUCAACUUCCCAAUACGAACACUUAUAUAGCCGUAAAUCAUUACGUCCUAAAAGUUGUUAAAUGAACUAAUAGCCGAAUCCAGAUUUUCCUUGGCAUAAUGAACAUGCACCAGACCCACAGGUCUGCACCGCUUCCUGCUAGCUGUAUGCGGCUGUAAUAAUGGAUUUAUUGGCUGUAAUUCAUCACUUUUAUUGUCUUCUAAUACACCCAUGGGCUGUAUGCUGCAAGCCUGUACCGUGCUGGAUGUAUUAACAUCUCUUUUCCCAAACAACCGGCUAUCGGCCAGUAGCUAGUAGUGCUAGUAGCAUGACAUAAACAGAAUUUAAUGUAGUUGUCGGCUAUUUAACAUGCAGCGCAAAAGUACAGGACACAACCUCUUAUACGUCCACGAUCUGUGGUCUAUUGGACAUAGAUUUCAGUUGAAAAUGUCCGAAGCGUAGCUCUACUGCUGGGCGCUGACGUUGCAAUGGAAUGACCAAUUGCCUUUCACUUCUUAGCAAUAUACGUUCUUUGCUCUUACAGUCACAUACAGUUUAAGCUCUUGUCACAGCAUAGGGAAGCACAUUGCUAUCACAGCACAGUAGUAGUAGUAGCCAGUAGCCUUCUAGCCAAUCACAGCACAGCACAGUCGGGCGGGACUAGGCCUAACAUUCUUAGGAAAAAUCAUAACGCGAUCCAACUAGUAAUGAAAUAAUUAGUUCAAUAAUCAAUUAAUCCAUCAACAGGAUCUUCUACCAAACUGUCGACAGUUAAAUUGCAUUGUGGGUUAUGUAGGCGCUAUGUUUUGACAAAGAAGAAGAAUACGUGGAAUAAAAAAAGCCGAUAUAUCUUGUUCUGCUGCACUGAUUUUGAUUCAGUCCAUUAGGUGUGCAAUGCUAAAUUUGUGCACUAUUCCUUUAAGAUUUGAGGUUUUCAGGGGCUUUAAUCAUUAAGUCACUUCAAGUACGAAGCAAAAAUGGCAAAUAUUUGCUGGUUCCUGCAACUCAAAUUUGAGGACUUGUUGCUUUUCUCACUCUUUUCUCAUUAUUAACUUAAUACCUUUGGAUUUUGGACUGUUGGUCAUAAACAAAGACAUCACCUUCUGCGGGUUUCAUAUUUUUCCGACAUCUCACAGAAAAAACAAUAAAUCAAAAAUUAAUUGACAGAUUAGUCGAUCAUAACUAUAAUUGUUGCAGUGCUAGAGUGAACCUUUACAACCCGUCUUCUGAGCACUAAUGUCCUCCUUUCACCAGCAGCUUGUAUUGAAAAUAUUCAUUAAAAGUGAAAUUUAACUUUA